AUGAUGUCUGCAGCUGUCCAGCAGGUCGCUGGUGGUUUCUCAUCAGCAGUUAUCCAACGUGUUGUGGACAAGACGAUGGACUUCCUUGGGGGCAACUAUAAUUUGAGCCAUGCUACUGAAGAGCUUCUGGCCAAACUCCGCACAAGCCUCAUCAUGGUGAAGGCCAUAACUGAGGUGGCUGACAAUCAGAUUAUCAUCAACACUAGUCUUACUGAGUGGUUGAGGAACCUUCAUAAUGCUGCCUAUGAAGCGGAGGAUGUGCUGGACAGAUUUGAUUGCCAUGAGAUAGUCACGGGAAAGCGCAAGGUGAGCGAACUCAUAUCGUCAUCGGUUAGGGCCCUGAAAGGUUUGAUUGUGCCUGAUGAGAGCAUGACACUGCUCGAAUCUGUUGUGCAAAAGCUAGAUCACCUUUGUAACACAUCCAUCACAUUUUUGGAGCUCAUAAAGCAGAGUAGGUCAACAUCCAUCAAGGAGGAGGGAGUUGGGGGAGAGACUACUUCUCGUGUUCCAGUUGAUGUCAAGGUAUUUGGGCGCGAUGAAGUUUUAGAGUUGAUAAUGAAAAUUAUUUUGGGUUUAUCUAGCUCUGAACCAGAAUCCAGCGGAAUAAGAGCAAAACUUGGGGAAAGGUACCGCAUUAGUGGUGUUGAUGUUAUCCCAAUUGUUGGUAUGAGCGGGGUUGGGAAGACAACCCUUGCUCAAGUCAUUUACAAUCAUGGAAAGGUGAAGGACCACUUUACUCAGAGAGCAUGGGUGUAUGUUUCAAAACACUUUGGUGUCAAGAGAACAUUGCAAGAGAUGUUGCGCUCUUUGAAAGGAAAUGAUUCAUCUUUUGACUAUGCUGAUAGUCUGGAAACAAUUGUCAACAACAUUCAAAAUGUCAUCCAGCAGGAAGGAAGAUUCCUUCUUGUGCUAGACAGUGUUUGGGAUGAGAUGUGUGACCAGUGGAGUAGUUUGCUUAUUGCCAUAGCUUGUGAACUGCCGGGAAGUGUAGUUCUUGUCACAACACAAAGCAAAAGGGUUGCAAAAACAGUGGCAACAGUGUGUCAAGUUCCACUAGAACCUUUGCCAUGGGAGAGUUUUUGGCCAGUUUUCCAGUAUUAUGCAUUUGGCACAACCAAUGUUGCGGUUGAGAACAACCAGACUCUUCUGUUAAUUGGUGAACAAAUAGCAAAAAAACUAGGUGGUCUGCCAUUAGCAGCAAAAGUAAUGGGAAAUCUGUUGAGAUCCAGAAUAACUGCAGAUCAGUGGAAAAGGAUCCUAGAGAGUGAUUGGUGGGACAUGAGGGAAGUUAUUCGUGAAAUCCUUCCAUACAUGGGAAUUAGCUAUCAAGAUCUUCAACCUAAACAAAGGCAGAGCUUUGCUUUCUGUUCGAUUUAUCCAGAAAAUUACUUGUUUGACAAAGAUAGAUUGGUCAAUAUGUGGAUUUCUCAUGACUUGAUUGAACAAAGCGAAUCUGAUGACACUAGAUUAGAGGAUAUUGGAAGCAAAUUGUUUGAUGAACUUGUGGAAAGAUCAUUUUUCCAGGCUACAUUUGACAAAAAGUGGUACACUAUGCAUGAUCUAGUCCGGGCUCUGGCAAUUGGUGUUUCUUCAUAUGAAUGCUUCCUUCACAAAGAGACCUCACGCGGCGCAUCAGCAAAUGUUCGCCACUUGGCUCUGCAAGUCAGUAAUCAACUGCACAUUCAUGAACUCAACAAGUACACAAAUCUGCGGACAAUCUUAUUGUUUGGUCAUUGUGACAGUGAUGCAAUUUGUGAUGUUAUCGACACAAUGUUGGCCAACUCAAGAAGUAUUCGAGUGUUAGACUUGUCUCAUUUGGAGGUCCUGACGAAUAUGCCGUCAAACAUUGCAUCCUUGAGAAAAUUGAGGUUCCUUGAUCUUUCUUUCACAAGAAUCAGCAAUUUGCGCAACUUACCUUCCAACCUUCAAGUUCUAUACCUCCAUGGAUAUGCCCGGAAUAGUAUUCCUCAAAGCAUAAAUAGGCUUGCCAACAUACGACACCUUUAUGUUGGUGCUACAGCUCUCUCUCUGAUUCCUGGUAUUGGGCAACUAAGUCAACUUCAAGAAUUGAAGAACUUCAGUGCUGGAAAGAGAAAUGGGUUCAUGGUAAGUGAGUUGAAGAACAUGCAAGAGUUAUCUGGGAAACUUUGCAUCAGCAACAUCCACAUCAUUAGGAGCAAGCAUGAGGCAAUGGAUGCCAAUAUGUCUGAGAAGAAGCACCUUCAGGCCUUGGAAUUGAAGGGUAGAAAUGUAUCCAAAGAUGUACUUGAAGGAUUGCAGCCACACUCAAAUCUGCAAGAGCUCAUGAUUGAAGGCUACGGGGCCACUACUUUACCAAGCUGGAUGUUGCAAGGUCACAUCUUUACAAAACUUCAGUCCCUUCAUGUUGGAAACUGUCGACUUCUGGUUGUACUUCCACCAUUUGGAAAAUUCCCUUCACUCAAGCAUCUCACCCUAGAUAACUUGCCGUCAGUAAGGCAUGUUGAUGGAACAUUUUUUGGCUGUCUCCCAAGUUUGGAGGACUUGACUAUUUCUUCGAUGACAUCAUGGACAAAAUGGUUACAUGCCGAAGAAGAUCAUGGCCCUCUCCUUCAACACGUCACAAGGUUUCGACUUCACAAUUGCCCUUCACUGAAAGAAGUGCCGUAUCUAUCUUUCAUAUCUUCACUGUCAGAACUUGACAUUUCAGCUUGUGGGGACUUUGUCAAGGCACUGCCACAGUAUGUACAACUCUUGGCAUGUCUCAAAAAAUUAAGUAUGUCUUACUGCGAUCACCCAGUGCUAUUCUCUGGGCAUCAGUUGAAGUCACUUGAGUAUCUAUAUCUUAGAAAAUGUGGAGGGCUACGUUUGCUUGAUGGGUUACAUUGCUUUCCCAGCCUCAGGCAAGUCAAUGUUUAUGGUUGUCCAGACAUUCUUACUGAAUUCUCAGACCAAUCAACUAGACAAGAUGUGCAAGCUGUACCUCGGCUCACCAAUAUGAUUACCGAUCAGAGCCUGCUAAAUAGAAAUGGUUUUCUGCCCUCGGUGCAAGAUUUGCUUGUUGCUUUUAUAGAUGAGCAUUAUUUUACCCCAGAGCAGGAGGAAUGGUUUGAACAACUAAUCUCCCUCGAAAAAAUCGAGUUUGGUUUCUGUAAUUUUCUUCAACGUCUCCCUUCUACACUAGCCAGACUUACCUCCUUAAAAGUACUUCACGUCAAAUGGACAAACCCAUUAUCACUGGAAGGAGUUGUGCCUCAUAAUCUCCAAGAAUUAGUCAUGCAAGAGGUUACAGUUGAGACAGAAAAUAAUUUCAAACCUGGAGGAUCAGAAUGGGUGAACAUUUGUCAUGUUCCAUAUAUUCGGCUUAACAAGAAGACAGUCCAGAAUCGGGCAAAUGAUGCUGCUUCAUCGUCUUCAACCCACCAAAUUUGA